CGCUGCGGCCAAAGAGGAUUGACUAAAGUAGAGUUGUAUCGUAGCUGCUGGGGUCACUCAAACCCCCACAACUGAGUCUCUACUUUAGUUCAUCCUCUUUGAUUUAACCUUUGCCAAAAAUGCUGCUGAUCUUCUCUAUAAUGUGAAAUGUGGGUUACCCGAGAAAAUAUUUCCCGUGGAAAAGCUACAGGAAUGGCUGGAGAUAUUGCUCCACUGACUGGACAUGUGUCGUGGGAAAUUUUAAUAAAAAAUUGCGAGGAUCGUGUUUCUAAUGAAAUUAGAGUACACCUGGUGCCGAUUUGCAGAGCUCUUCAGGCUGCCAUCAAAUCUAAUGAGAAACUUUCGUCGGAAUGGAUUGAGAGGACUUUGAUGCGAUUGGAAGCCUGUGUAGACAGAACGUGGGAAACAUUGAAUACUGGACACUGGAAAGACGUAGAAGUACGACACAGGUAUUGCUACACAAUUUGCAGUGCACUGAAGUGUAUAGUUCUAGAAAUGAGUUCUAAAAAUCUCGACGAUUCAUCGAAAAUCGCUGUAACUACAAAAAUGAUUGAACAAGUUGAUAAAGGAUUGCUCUUGGGUGCUCCACUCGAGGAAAUCCCUGAUUUGCUUACAAAAAUAGCCUCUAGAUUGAACGAAGAAAUCUGUCCUGACACAUGCAAAGACCCCGGAAUAUUGCAAUGCGACUCGAAAAAUAUUGUAAAAAAUCUCCUCCCUGGGAUGGGAUGGGUGGAGCGGUUAAAAACUCCAUCGAUGGAGACAUUUUAUCGUGACAUUUUCGUGAAGAAAAUUCCUGCAGUAUUAGAAGGAUGUAUAGACCACUGGAGGGCUCUAACCCGCUGGAAAAAUCCAAAUUAUCUCCUGAAAAUGGGAGGAACCCGUACAGUUCCCAUAGAAAUAGGUUCAAAAUACACAGAAGAAGACUGGUCUCAACACCUGAUUACUCUCUCAGAGUUUAUUAAAUCACAUGUCACAAAAAAUAAUGAUAAACUCGGAUAUCUAGCUCAACACCAGCUGUUUGAGCAAAUUCCAGAAUUGAAAGAGGAUUUCUCAAUUCCCGACUACUGCAGCUUCUCAGAUAAUACUGAGGAUAGCUUUCCUGAUAUUAACGCGUGGUUUGGGCCGAAGGGAACGGUCUCCCCUCUCCAUUACGAUCCAAAAAAUAAUCUUCUAUGUCAGGUUUUUGGCUGCAAACGUGUAAUACUUUAUCAUCCAAAUGAUAGCAACAAUUUGUAUCCAUAUGAUACAAGAUUAUUGUGUAACACAGCUCAAGUGGACCCAAUAAAUCCUGAUUAUGAUAAUUUUCCGGAUUUUAAAUAUGCCCGAGGAAUGAUGUGUUAUCUUAACGAAGGAGAAAUGCUGUUUAUUCCACCUGGAUGGUGGCACCACGUUGUAAGCCUUACGCCAUGUUUUUCCAUAAGUUUUUGGUGGUGAUAAUAAAGUUAUUAAAAUAAAUAAAUGUGUGAAAGAAAACAUAAUCUGAGAAGUCCUUGCGGCAGUUCUCAACAGUUCAAUAGUAAAUAAAAAUCAUAAUAACUUUCAA